AUGUCUGGUAGAACACUAGAAAUAAAUGAAAAAUAAUUAUAUUUUACGUUCAGAAAUAUAGGAAUAAACUCAAGUCCUCCAUUUGCAACUUAACUGAGCCUGUUUCCCUUUUAAACGUGGUCACGUGGUAGGGUAGUGUGAUUGUUAGGUCUCACUAAAACUUCUAGUGGUAUAAGUUAAUAUUUGGGUAUCACCAAGAAACCAUUUUUUGAAAGUAAAGAAAUUAAAUGAUACAGUAUGGUAUACUGUAAUGUUACUCAUGAUAUACUCGUGGUAUUCUCGUGUAUUUCAGUUAGAGGUCGAACAAUUAUCAAACGUACGUGCUAUAGGGACAAAAUUGACACAACAUGUAUGGAUAUGACGGUUGAAAGUGUUAAGGCCAGGGGAUGCUAUUGUAAUACAGAUUAUUGCAACGGCGGGGACACCGUGCAGCCACAAGUGACAACACCUGACACAGGACGUCGAACUACAAGGAUAUCGACAGUGCCGAUAACACAGAACAAAAAAGUUUUAAGGUGCUACAAAUGCAGGAGCUCUGACAAUGAUGAUUGUUCUGAUGACAAUUCUGACUUUAGCAACAUAGGGACAUGUCAGGGGACCGACAUAACGUGCGUGAAGGAGAAAUUAACUGUGAGUGGUGAAAGUAUAAUCGAGCGUAAAUGCUACAUGGCCAACCAUAAUGAAGGAUGUAAGGUUACUACACUUGGUGAAUACAGCUAUGAGACAUGCUUUUGUAAAUCGGAUCAUUGUAACGGCAUCGACGGUGUGCGACCAUAUUACCUGAUCCUCCUUAUCGUCCCUUUGGUCGUUCUGCUCAUUUAAAUAAAGACAAGUGACAUGAAUGAUCUUGUGUUAUUAAUAAUAUGAAUUUAACUAUUCGGAACAUUAUACUAGAAUGGAGAAUAAAAUAUUGCCUUAUUGUUGCUGAUAGAUAUUUUAAUAAUCUUAGGUGAAACUAUCAUCUAAAUAUAUCUACUUAAAAUGUAUUCCAGUGUGGAAAAUCCUGAAUCUCACCUACAGUUUUUUUAUCUCCUUUGAUUUGUCAUAAGCGGAUACUUGCAUGAUUGUAUAAAAUUCAUUGUCGUUACAUAUCCCAUACAUGGCAGCAUGCUUGAUUAAAUGGAACAUUCAUUGGAUUCUAUUGCUAUUGUAAACAUCUAAAGUCUGUAUUCUUCUCUGGAGCGGUUGUAUGCACAUUAACGAUCUUGGAUACUAAUUGUAUGUCACAACCAGAAAUGGUGACAUGUUGUUAUAUUCUCCAAACCUUUUUGUGAACGGUGGUCGGCGUCAGGUGUUCGAUG